ACGAAAGUGCAGUAGUACGAUAUGGGCACAAAAAGUGGUGAGCUAUACGUCAGAAGAUAUUCCUUUUACUUUGGUAACUAAUGAAUUCAAGAAAGAAUGGCGACCGAUUUAAUGUUCGACUUAGAGAACCACUUCAACCCACAGACUACCGCAAUGGACAGCUAUGCAGGGGUUGACAUUUGCAGCGAACAGGAUGGAGAAUGGGAUAUCGGCCUCAUCGAUGCGCUGGAAGACAUCGGCGAUCCAGAUGAGCUGCUACGGGCUUUGGAAGACGUGCCAAAUGUCGGCGAAGUUCUCGAUGUAGAUGUUGGCAUCGAACUGCCACCCUGGGACCCUGACACCCUCAGAGACGGCAGCGUCAUCCACACAGGAGCAGAUAUGACCUUGGACUCUCUCUCCGCCAACCCCACCUUGGUCUCUUCCCCUGGAUCAGUGGAAGACCUGUCCCCCUACUACCUGCAUGAGGAGGCCCUGACGGGGCAGUCUCAGUCGUCUCCCGCCUCAGUCUCCUCUGACACCAGCAGCUCCGUUCACAUGUCACCAGAGAGGAGGACGCUUAGAAGGAGCAGCCACACCCCCAGAGCCAAAUCCUCUCAUCACUCGAGACGGCUCAUUCAGGCAACACCGAAAGUGUCCAUCCAGCCGAAGCCAGUCAUCACUGUCCCCAUGCUGCAUUCCACUGUCCCUUUCCAGCCCAAAACCAUCUUCAUUAGUCCUCUGCAGACAGGACUGCCUGUGGCCAAUCCUGCACCUGUGACCACCCAUCCAGCGCCCCCUGCUGGAUGUCCCACAGUGAUGGCUCAGCCAGCCAGGGCGGUACACCUGCGGAGCCCCCAGGUGUUGCCAGGCCUGCCCACCCUCCAGCUCCCUGAGCAGGUGGUUGUCAUGCCCAUGUCUGCGUCGCCCGCCCCCCCUCAGCCUGCUGUGACGGUGACCCUCCACGGAGUGGCGGUCAGUGGAGAUUGUGCCGCUGGCAGAAGGCAGCAGCGCAUGAUCAAGAACCGCGAGUCGGCCUCGCUGUCUCGCCGGAGGAAGAAGGAGUACAUGCUGACCCUGGAGGCCCGUCUGAAGAUGGCACUGUUCGAGAAUCAGAAGCUGAAGAGCGAGAACGGCUCGCUGAGGAUACAGCUGAGCAGCCUGGUGGCUGAGAACAACGACCUCAAAGUGACAACCCCCAAAAGACGUGCUGUGUGUCUCCUGGUGGUCCUGGUAUUCAUAAUGCUGAAUGUCGGUCCAAUGGGGGUCUUUGAAGGAGACUCCAGCUCAAAACUGUCCAUGAGGACUGCACCGGCUGGCAGACAUCUGCUGGGAUUCUCCACGGGCAGUGAAAACAGCAGAGGUCUGGAAACACCUGAAACAGUCAUCCCUCCGAUGGCUCAGAGGUGGGAGGAGCCCACCGCCGAGGAGAAGGCACUGAUGGUGGUCAAGAAGGAAUCCCUCCUGUAUCCCCCACCUCUGCCCUGCCAGCCGCCCGUGAACAGGACCAAGGCCAUCAAACUUGCCAGUGAACUGCGGGGCUGGGUCCACCGCCAUGAAGCAGAGAGGAGAAAGACGCAACGGACGUCUGGGAGCCGGCACAAAACCAAAACUAUUCCGAGGGCGCGGGAGAAGAAGGCCGAAGUCGUCAAGGUCCUUACAGUCCAGUACACCGACAUGUCUGAAAAGAACUCAGGGAAUGAACUUCAAGUGUACUAUGCCCAGCAUCGCAGCUACAGCGACUUCUUCGAGGAGAUUCAGCGCAGAGGAGACACCUUCUAUGUGGUGUCAUUUCGACGGGAUCACCUUCUUCUUCCUGCUACCAACCACAGUAAAGGAAGCAGGCCAAAGAUGUCAUUGGUGUUGCCAGCUGUAACUCCUAAUGAGACUGUGAUAAAAGAUGAAGAGUAUGAGGUGAUGAUGCAAAUAGACUGUGAAGUCAUGGACACCAGGAUCCUCCACAUCAAGACCUCCAGUAUCCCAGUAUUCUUGCGUGCCAAUCACACAGACUCCUAUCACUCAACCUCAAGCAAUGGCCAAGCCACACCUCCCAUGGGCGUGCUCACAGGUUCAGCCUAAAGUCAACCAAGCCAAUGCAAAUGACCUUCAAUGUCUUACCGCUCCAA